AUGGCGAUCUGGGAAAGCAGGCCCUUCGUCCUCGGCCUUCGCGUCGCACAAGCCGUUCUCGCCAUCAUCGUCCUCGGACUGUCAGCAUACGUCGUCAACUGGUGGUCCGGCUACUGGCACGCCUACUCGCCCCACCGCGUGAACUUCCUCGUCUUCUGUGCCGUCUGGACCAUCCUCGCACUCAUCUUCCUCAUUCUCGUCCCAUGGCGCUUCUCCGAGACAGGCGCACAUCACCCAAUCGUAUUUACGGCCGUCGAGGCAGUCACGAUGAUUUUCUGGUUCGCGGGCUUCAUUGCUGCGGCCGUGUUCUUGAGUGAUCGUGUUUGCUUCGGGAGUGUGUGUGGUGCAGCUAAGGCUGCGACGGUGUUUGGGGCUUUCUUGUGGGUCCUGUUCGCGAUUACUACCGCUUUGGCGGUCAUGUCGUUGAGCCGAAGGCGCAAUGGCACCACGAGUCAUCACAAUAAGGCGGAUCCGAAGUUCAAUGUCGCUGAGGGCGUCUAG